CGCGCGAGCUCGAGCUUUUGCCUCUCCGGCUGUUUGAACAGGAAGGCGGACAUGUUUGUCAGAGAGGCAGGGAAAGUCGGGCACUUUUUGCAGUUCGAAAAAUAACAACGACUCUCGGGAGCCGGAUCGCCCUUUCUCGGAAGCCUCGGGAUCCAGCAUGCCGGCCCUGGCGACACCCCUGGGCCGCGGAGCUUGAGCGCUGUUCGGCGAGGUGACCCCCGGAGCGACAUGUUUCAUCGGGGCCGUGUUGUAAAACCGAGCACGGUUUUCAGGGGCUGAAGUUUUUUUUUUUACUACUUUUUUUUGUCCUCUCUCUCCUUCCCCCCCUCCCCACCGCACCCCCCACCCACCAAGUCAGUUCUACUUUUGCAGCUGUCAGACACGCUCGGAUUUAAAAAAACAAACAAGCAAGGCAGAAAACAACAGCAAAAGAAAAAGUUCUCGCUGCCUCCAGGGCCCCUCCGACCCAGCUGUGCCAGGCCGUGAGUGCGGUAUCUUGUGUGAAUCAUGCUAGCUGCCUCUUCUCAUCCUGCUGCGGCUCUCGCUGUUUCUGGGGGGAGUGGGAGCGAAAUGACCGUGCUCCGCGUCUGGAGGCUGUAGCCCUGAGGGCGAAACUCGGGGACCAGAGAGGGCGAGAGAUCCGUUGCGGCGUGUUUUGAUUUUAUUUCAUUUUAUUAUUUUUUUUAAAAGAAGUGAAGUUGUCAGCCCAGCUCGGAGCUCGGAGCAGCAGGAGAGCUGACCGGCUCAGACAGUUUUCUCUCUUAAGAUGUGGCUUUGGACCCGCCGGGCACUGGCUGAAGGUUUCUCCGACUGUGAGCGGCUGGCUCGCCUCUUGAAGCGGGUCUGACCGGCUGCGGACCCGACCCGACCCGGCCCGACCCCAGGGAGGCAGGCUUUGCACGCCGUGCCCCAGAGGACAAGGGAGAGAGAGAGAAAAAAAAAAACCCAGAACUGACAGCAAAAAUGUCCGCUGGAGAGAGCUUGGAGGCUCGGUUUGAAAAGAUCGAUGCCAUGCUCAAGGAUCCCAAAUCGGAAGUUAAUACCGAUUGCCUGCUGGAUGGCUUGGAUGCUUUGGUUUAUGACUUGGACUUCCCCGCCUUAAGAAAAAACAAGAGUAUCGACAACUUCUUGAAUAGAUAUAAAGACACCAUCAGUAAAAUCAGAGACCUGCGCAUGAAAGCAGAGGAUUAUGAAGUGGUUAAAGUCAUCGGAAGAGGGGCCUUUGGGGAGGUACAGCUGGUAAGGCAUAAAGCCACAAGAAAGGUUUAUGCCAUGAAACUCCUCAGCAAAUUUGAAAUGAUCAAGAGAUCGGAUUCGGCUUUCUUCUGGGAAGAGAGGGACAUCAUGGCUUUUGCUAAUAGCCCCUGGGUAGUCCAGCUCUUCUAUGCUUUCCAAGAUGACCGCUACCUGUACAUGGUGAUGGAGUACAUGCCAGGAGGGGACCUGGUCAACCUGAUGAGCAACUACGACGUGCCGGAGAAGUGGGCCCGGUUCUACACCGCCGAGGUGGUGCUCGCGUUGGACGGGAUCCACUCCAUGGGCUUCAUCCACAGAGAUGUGAAGCCCGAUAACAUGUUGCUAGACAAAGCUGGCCACUUAAAGCUUGCGGACUUUGGAACCUGCAUGAAAAUGAAUCAGGAUGGCAUGGUACGAUGUGACACAGCAGUGGGCACUCCUGACUACAUUUCUCCCGAGGUACUGAAAUCACAAGGCGGCGAUGGCUACUAUGGCAGGGAGUGUGACUGGUGGUCAGUCGGGGUCUUCCUGUAUGAAAUGCUUGUAGGAGACACACCUUUCUAUGCAGAUUCACUGGUGGGAACAUACAGUAAAAUCAUGAACCACAAGAACGCCCUGACAUUCCCAGAUGACAGCGAGAUCUCGAAAGAUGCGAAGAACCUCAUCUGUGCCUUCCUGACGGACAGGGAGGUGCGAUUAGGUCGCAAUGGAGUGGAUGAAAUCAAGCGGCAUCCUUUUUUCAAGAACGAUCAGUGGACGUGGGAGAAUAUCAGAGAAACUGCUGCCCCUGUUGUGCCUGAGCUCAGCAGUGACAUCGACACUAGCAACUUUGAUGACAUUGAGGAGGACAAGGGAGAUGAGGAGACCUUCCCCAUACCAAAGGCUUUUGUUGGCAACCAGCUGCCUUUCGUGGGGUUUACCUACUACAGCAGCAAUCAACUCGCUCGUGGCUUGAGCACCAAGACCAGUGAGAAGCGGAGUAGCUCUGUAAAGGAAGAUAAAAGCCAACUUGAAAAUCUGCAGAAAAGGAUUUACCUGCUGGAAGAGCAGCUCCACAGUGAGAUGCAGCUGAAGGAUGAAAUGGAGCAGAAGUGCAGGGCUUCAAACAUAAAACUGGACAAGAUCAUGAAGGAGCUGGACGAGGAGACAAACCUACGGAAAAACAUGGAUUCCACUGUGUCCCACCUAGAGAAGGAGAAGAUGAUGGCACAGCACAGGGCUACUGAAUACCAAAGAAAGGCUGAACAGGAGGCUGAGAAGAGGCGCAAUGUGGAAAAUGAGGUGUCGACUUUAAAAGAGCAGUUGGAGGACAUGAGGAAGAUUAGCCAGAACUCCCAGAUAUCCAACGACAAGAUCACACAGCUGCAGAAACAACUGGAGGAGGCCAACGACCUGCUGAGGGUGGAGUCGGACACGGCGGCCAGGCUGCGGAAGAGCCACACGGAGCUCACCAAGUCCAUGAGCCACCUGGAGACGGUGAACAGGGAGCUGCAGGAGAAGAGCCGCGCGGCGGACGGCGCCCGGCACCAGCUGGAGAAGGAGGUGCUGCAGCUGCAGGCCGCCCUCGAGUCGGAGCGGAGGAACUGGAGCCAGGGCUCCGAGGAGAUCCAGGAGCUGCAGGGAAGGAUAACUGGUUUGCAAGAAGACCUGAAAAACCUCAAACUGACGCUUUCAAAAGUGGAAACGGAAAGGAAGCAAGCCCAAGAGAGAAGCAAUAAUUUGGAGAAGGAGAAGAACAACCUGGAGAUUGACCUGAACUACAAGCUGAAGACCCUGCAGCAGAGGCUGGAGCACGAGCUGGCGGAGCACGCCGCGACGAAGGCCCGGCUCACGGACAAGUACGAGUCCAUCGAGGAGGCCAAGUCGGCCACCAUGCAAGCGGUGGAGCAGAAGGUGUCGGAGGAGAGCAUGGCAAGGCUGAAGGCCGAGAACAGGGUGGUGGAGGUGGAGAAGCAGUGCUCCAUGCUGGAGUUCGACCUGAAGCAGUCUGUGCAGAAGAUCGAGCAGCUCAUGAAGCAGAAGGAGAGGCUGGAGGAGGAGGUGAGGAGUGUGCGUGUCCAGCUGGAGCAGGAGUCCGGCAGGCGUGUCCAGGCCCAGGCCGAGCUGAAGACGCGUGCUGUGGAGGCCGAUCGGAUGAAGGGGUCAGAGAAGCAGCUCAAGCAGGAGAUGAACACCGCCCUGGAGGCCAAGAGGUCGCUGGAGUUCCAGCUGGCCCAGCUCACAAAGCGGAUGUUUAGUUACGCUCUUGAAGAGACGAACAAAACGCUGACCAAAGACGUGGAAAACCUCUCCAAGGAGAAGACCGAGCUCAGUGAGAAGAUGCGGGUCCAAGAAGAAGUGUCUGCUACCGAAAAGGAAGAGCUGACGAACUCGGUCAAAGCUUACUACGAGAAGAUCCUGAACACGGAGCGCACUCUGAAGACGCAGGCGGUCAACAAGCUGGCCGAGAUCAUGAACCGCAAGGACAUGAAGCUGGACCAGAAGAAGAAGGGCAGCACCGCGGACCUGAGGAAGAAAGAGAAGGAGAACAGGAAGCUGCAGCUGGAGCUGAACCAGGAGAAGGAGAAGUUCAACCACAUGGCCAUCAAGUACCAGAAGGAGCUGAGCGAGAUGCAGGCACAACUGGCUGAGGAGUCCACAUACCGCAACGAGCUGCAGAUGCAGCUGGACAGCAAGGAGAGCGACAUUGAGCAGCUGAGGGAGAAGCUCAACGACUUGCAGCUGCGCAUGGACAACUCCAGCGUGGCCAGCCUGCAGACGGACGAGGCAGACGGCAACAUAGCAGAGUCCAGGCUUGAAGGCUGGCUGUCGAUACCCAACAGAGCCAACAUAAAACGAUACGGCUGGAAAAAGCAGUAUGUGGUGGUCAGCAGCAAGAAGAUCCUGUUUUACAAUGAUGAACAGGACAAGGAACAGUCGAACCCCUCCAUGGUACUAGAUAUUGACAAACUCUUCCAUGUACGUCCGGUCACGCAAGGCGAUGUGUACAGAGCCGAAACCGACGAAAUCCCCAGGAUUUUCCAGAUCCUCUACGCCAACGAGGGGGAGUGCAGGAAGGACGCAGACACGGAAUCGGUACACCAGGGCGAGAAGACCAACUGCUUGCCUCACAAGGGGCACGAGUUCAUCCCCACGCUCUACCACUUCCCCACCAACUGCGAGGCCUGCGCCAAGCCCCUGUGGCACGUCUUCAAGCCCCCGCCAGCCCUGGAGUGCCGCCGCUGCCACGUCAAGUGCCACAAGGACCACCUGGACAGGAAGGAGGACGUCAUCGCGCCCUGCAAAGUGAACUACGACGUGACCACGGCCAGGGACAUGCUGCUGCUGGCGCUGUCCCAGGAGGAGCAGAAGAAGUGGAUCGGCCACCUGGGGAAGAAGAUCCCCAAGACCCCGCCCUCCUCCUUCACCAGGGCCUCUCCGCGCACCAUGUCCACGCGCUCCGUGGCCAACCAGUCCUUCCGCAGGAAUCCCAAAAGUGUGACGGGCAAGCCCAGUACCUGUGUGGUCUAACCGAACGAGAGACGAGAUGUGUCCUUCACACGUGUCCUCUGUUUCCUUUUCCAGCUAACCACGUGCAC